CCUGGCUUGACCUCCGACGCUCAGCAUGCCUCCCCCGCUCUCCUCAUCCACGACACUCAAGCGCAUCCACCGUGAAAUCGCGGACCUCAAGAAGGAGGACCUCGGCAGCAUCACGCUCGCGCCCUCCGACGAGAACCUCUUCAAUUGGACGGCGACGAUCCCCGGCCCAGAGGGCAGUGUGUACGAGGACGGGCUCUUCCACGUCGAGAUCACCCUCGCCCAUGACUAUCCGUUCAGCGCGCCUAGAGUCACGUUCCGCACGCGGAUCUACCACAUGAACAUCAACGAGCGGGGCAACAUCUGCAUCGACAUCCUCAAGCACAACUGGUCCCCCGCGCUCUCCCUUUUCAAGGUCAUCCUCUCCAUCUCGUCCCUCCUCACGGACCCCAACCCGAAGGACCCGCUCGUGCCGUCCAUCGCGACGGAGUACGUCCGCAACCGCCCCCAGCACAACCGCACGGCGCGCAAGUGGACGGAGCUCUACGCGCGCCCGCCGCCCGCCCCGUCCUCCGCCAAGGGUAAAGGCAAGGCCACCGCGUCUCCCGCGCCCGUACCCGCGGCCACGUCGCGUGCGGGCCCGGCGGGGUCGACGCGCACGCAGGCGAUCACCAUCGACGACUCGGACGAGGAGGGGCGGGUGCCGCACGGCCGGGCAGUGGGGGCGAAGCGGAAACGGGAGCGCACGCAGGAGUCCGGCGGGGGUGCGGCGCGUGAUGGGGCGGAGCCGCCGGCGAGGAGGAGGAGGACGGCGCGGGCACCGGCUGCGGACGACGUGAUCGUCAUUGAGGACUAGCGGGCACGGUGCGUUGUGACUGUAGGAUGGCGGGUGUACGCAUGACUAUGGGAUUGGAUCCCGGAUUGACAUGGAAUCUCUGCGAUGUUGUCGCAGAGGCAGAUAUGACGGACAUCCACCUGGGCUGUGUGACUGAACGCGAGACCUGAUGAUAGCGGGGUAUGAUGUGUUAGAGCAGACAAUCCGAGUUACCCCUUGCCAGUUUACAUUGUCCAGUUGCUCCAACAUUGUGGACGAAAGUGCACACGAACGACGGACGCAGGCACCCACGCCGUAUACAUUGUAUACUCGCGUUGAUCGAGAGCUAGGUACGUCCGAUGAGGUGUACUAACCAAAUGCAGUGACUAAUCGUCGGCGAAGCAAAUCGCGGAUGGGCUGCGACGCAGAGAGCCGUCCCUGCGACUGCAAGAGAUGAGCAAACAGUCCGAUAGUGGUACGCACCCUGUAUGAAACCACCUACUGGCAACCCAUCGCGUCGUCUAC